AUGGCCCAGUACCUUGCUUGCAGUGCACCCGAAGAAGACUCGGAGGCGUACACAGUGCCGUCUUCAGAUUUGCUAUCUGCCUGGAAGACGGCUGUUGGCGAUAUGCUAAGCGGCGGAGACUGCAGCAGCAUAUCACUUCCAACCAUCCUGACUGAUGCAAGCUAUGAAAUCGGAGUUUUGACGGAUGGCGGUGUUGACUUUUGUGUCCUUGCUUCGUUUCAAACCGAUAGCAAUGACUGGUACUCGGCGUUUCCGUAUGGCGCAGUUGUUGUAAAUCAAGACCCGAACGCCAAGGAUUUGUCUAUCGAUAUCCCCCACCCGAUCUAUGACGAUCAAACCUUCCGACAAGGCAUUGCAGUAUUCAAGGGAACAGACGCUAGAAGUUUUACUCUCUCUGGAUCCCAUCGAAAAGCAAACGCUGCAAUUAGCUGCCAGGGGUCCAGCUAUAAGAUUGCAGACGCGGCACACAACAGUGACCACACGUUCCAGAUGAGCGCUGUUGCCAUCAAGGAGUACUACGCAGCGCUUGGAAAGGACUUUACUUCCAUCCAGUUUCAUGGCAUGGGAAGCACUUGUCCUGAUGACGAUGUCUUCAUGACGCAUGGAUUCAAGACAUCACCUCAGGCUGGUGAAAAGAUCCAGCUCCUCCGCGACGCAUUCAAGAACGAGCUCGAAGAUGUGGCUGAUCAGGAUCGCAUCAGUAUGACAGGUGACACUGACUGCACAUUGACUGGUACCUCAAACACACAAGGCAGAUUCUAUAAUGGUGUAGACCUUGAUGAUGUUUGCACCACUGCACAGGUGGGCUACUCGGGCAACUUUAUUCACAUUGAGCAACAGCGAUUUAUCCGUAUUUCUACUGCCUAUGAUCAGAAGUGGAUCAAUGCCCUCAAUGCCGUCAACUUUGCAGUUGCAGCACCCCCUAUUGAGCCGGUGGCAGCCGUUCCCAAGUUGAAGCUGACCUCUUUUGAUGAAGGUGGAAUCAUGUACAAGGCGGAUGACAUUGUAAUCACUUGGGAAUCCGAAAACCUUCCAGACGAUGAAAUCGUGAAGCUUUCGGUUCAUCAUGCUGACAAGACAUGGCUGACAAAUAUUGUCAAAGCAACAGCCAACGAUGGGUCGUACACCUGGAAAGUCACCAACUCUCUUCCCGAAACCGAGGAUUUGAUCCUUCGCGUACGUAGCGAGACGACCGACAAACGCAUUCUCGACUACACUGCGUCCUUCCGAGUUGCCAAUAGGAUCGACAUCACCUCUGACAAUGGUGGAUCUUACCAGUCAGGAGAUGAAAUCACAGUAACGUGGAAUGUGGUUGACAUUCCCAAUGUGAAGAUAGACAUUUUCCAAGUGGUGGAUGAGGACUACAACAUGUUUCAAAUGUUAAUUCGUGUUCGAAACACAGAGGACACUUCUUGUCGAGAUUACACGUCCUAUUUCACUGUUCUCGAGGGUGGCGCCCCCGACCCGUCCCUCACGUUGACGUCUUUCAACGGAGGCCAAAUAUUGACCCGCAGUGCCACGAAUAUUGAGUUCACUUGGGAUUCUCAAGGAAUGCAAGAAAGUGACACUGUACAGCUUGCCUUUAUGCGGAAUGAUGAACCGAAACGCUUCAACAACUACAUUGUCACGGAGACACCAAACACAGGUUCCUACAUCCUUCCCAAGUUAGAAAGCUGGAUCAGGGCCGGAGAUGACAUUUUGGUGCGAAUCAGAAGUACAGACGACACAAGUAUCAAGGCCUAUUCAGAAGAACCCAUCACCAUCGAAGGCAUCACAAUCCAGUCACCUGCUGGUGGAGAAUCUUUUUCCGCAGGCGAUGAAGUCGCGAUUGAAUGGUCCUCGAUUGAAAUGACGGGCAACCUCUAUCUGGCAUUGAUGAAAGGUACUUCAUGGAAGAAGACCAUCGUUAAGACAUUGCCCAUCACAGCUGCCACCGGAGAGUAUCAUUGGACCAUUCCGGACGGACUCGAAGAUGGAUCCGACUACAACAUUCGUAUUCGCAGCGUCGAAGACACCAGCAUUCGCGAGUAUACGGAUGAAUUUUCCAUCACUGCCUCAUGA